ACCAAUAAGCACCAUUGAAUCACUGUGUCAUCUUUAUGGCGCACUUAUGCUACCCGUUUAGUUAAAAACGCUUUUAUUAUUAUUUCAUAAUGUAAAUAGUUGAAGAAUAAGUAUCGCGGAUGUUUUAAGUCAAUCAUUGGUACCCAAGUCAGCUAGCUGUCUGCUAACAUAUCUAAAGCGCAGCCUUUGUUACUCAGUUGUAAAUCAAAACAAUGACUUCAGCCUCUACCAAGGUUGGUGAGAUCUUUUCUGCAGCUGGAGCUGCAUUCACAAAAUUGGGAGAGCUGACCAUGCAGCUGCAUCCAGUGGCAGAUAUUAGUCCAGCAGGGGCACAAAUGAAAACAACAGUCAAGAGGAAGACUUAUGAAGAUGGUGGAGCUCCUUUAUCCACUGAUUCACCAAAGAAGAGUACCAAAAAGGUGCUGGUUUCUAUGGCUCCCCCAGCCCCACCUAAAGUCAUCGCUGUGCCAACGUCUCCGGUUGUGGUGACUGCGGGUUUACAGCGGCCAACCACAGGUCCAUCUAGCAUUAAGUCAUCAAAGACGGCAGAUGUCACUCUCAGUGCACUGAAUGACUCUGAUGCCAACAGCGAUCUGGUAGAUAUUGAGGGCUUGGGUGAUAGUUCCACAUCUAAAAAGCUCAAUUUUGAUCAAGCAGAUAGUCUAAAUCUCGACUCCAGUCUCAUCAUGAAUUCCAGUGACUUGCCAUUGUUAUCCCGUUGAAAUCUUCUGCAACAUACAAUCAGGAAAAGGAACUAAUCAUGUCACUUCGGUGCGGGGUUCAAGAAACAUUUCUAAGUUAAUAGUGAAGCUAGGCAUAUUUUACCAAUGAAGGACAGUUUUAAGAGGCUGGCAAAUUUUGCUUAAUAUAUUUUUCUGUUCUGGGUCCAAAAUUCAUCAUUUUAAAAUAAGUUACUGUAAAGGCAUUGUGUAAAUUUUUUUCAACCAUUAUCAAUAAAAUAUUAUGACCAUUACUUUGUUUUUGGGGGAAAGUUGUGCAAAAACCUUGAAAUGCUGUUGUUGAGUGUCAAUGCUUUGCUUGGUACAUUGUUUAAAGGGGGGGGUUCCUUAGAUAUUUUGUAAUAUCUUUGGUCUAUUUACCUCAUAAUAUACUUUUAUUUUAUUUUUUACACAAAACAAAAAAUACUUAUUUUAGACUGGGGUUUAACUCAAGAUAAUCUUCAUCCAGGCUUUUCUGGAAACCUCUUAGGAGCAAUGUGGCAGUGGCAUCUUCCACUACAUAAAUGCAGCUUAAGCAAGUUGUCUUAUGUUGACUUAGGUUUUUUUUUCCGGUUUUUUAUCGAUCUGAUCUGAAACGGUCUGUGGGCAUAGUCUAAUAACUUUUAACUUUUGCAUAAUUGGGCUGUUAACAAGUUGGUCAUAUAGUCUUAGCCCUACCAAUGUUAAGAACAGAACAGAAAUGAAGGACAGAAAUGUUACAUUAAGAACAGCUAAAUCAGCAUUAAAUCACAGAUUUCGUGUUUGAAAUGAGUAAAAUACAGUCCAUCUGAUCUCAUAAACAAUCCCACAGCACAGUGACACUUCAACCUAUAUCUCUGUUCUUCCUCAUUGGUUAUAAUAACCUCACUAAGUGUGUGACUGAUAAUCUCAUGAAAUCAACCAGCCAUGGUGUAAAAUCAGAUCUGUAUCUGAAUGGCAUUUCUAAAAGCAGAACAGUGAAGAUGGCACAGUUUGGUUUUCACCAGUCUAUCGGAGACGGACUAAAACCACAAUUUCCUGGCAUUUUUUUGUACUGUAAAUAAAAUAA